GAGACUUGCAGAUGGGGCAUUUAGGCCAGCUAUAAACAUCACAACAGAACGUUUUAGCGAGCCAGUCACCUGUGUGUCUCCAAGUGGAUUACAAGAUCGCUCCUCCAGUGUUGUGUGUUACUUUUCUCACCUUUGGGAUUAUAUCCAUCGGACUCCACCGGAUUAUCCAGUGUUUCUGUGAAUUUUUUGGCAGUGGUGAUUUUUUUAAGUACUAACUUCAGGAUGUCAGUGCUCAGAAUCUUGGCACUGUUCACCAUUGGGCUGAGCAUGGUAGCAGCUCAGCGUCGAUUGGCUCUUCCUGAUCCCAGAAGUUGUGCAAAUCGUGUUCGUCAUGCCACUUAUCGAGAUGCUCGUGGAGUUGCUCACUCAUAUUUCUUCAGUUGGGAACAUCAGCCAACUCGUAGUCUGGAGGUAGACUGGCUGGACGCUAGGAACAUCUGCCGCCGUCACUGCAUGGACGCUGUAUCCUUGGAGACCCCUCAAGAGAAUGAAUUCAUCAAACAGAGAAUCGUACGAGGCAAUGUUCGCUAUAUCUGGACUUCUGGACGCAAAUGUAACUUUGCCGGAUGCGAUCGCCCAGAUUUGCUGCCACCCAACGAGAACGGAUGGUUCUGGUCGGGAUCUGGCGCCAAGAUUGGACCCACAAGCCAGCGCAAUACGGGAGACUGGAGCUACACCGGAGGAUACGGUCAGGCUCAGCCAGAUAACCGAGAAGCCGCUCAGGGCAAUGACGAAUCCUGCCUGUCCAUCCUCAACAACUUCUACAACGAUGGAGCCAAAUGGCAUGAUGUCGCUUGCCAUCAUUUGAAACCCUUCGUCUGUGAGGAUUCCGAUGAACUCCUCAACUUUGUUCGCUCUCGCAAUCCCGGCAUUCGCCUCUAAAUCAUCCCAAGUUUCCCUCCCAUUUACAAAAUUUCUCACUGAGCAAACAACAUUCCAUGAUGAGACGAGAAAUUAAUUUAUAUUAUAUAUAAAUUGACAUGAUUCAGAUGGUUCUUUCACAAGUUCAAAUGUGCAGAUAAAAAAAAAAUCUUGUUCGUGUAGUUGCUUAGGAGAUACUAAUACCUUCUAUAUUUUUUUCCUUAUCUAAUUCACACAUUUUUUAUCCUUCCUAUUUUCUCUAUUUCUCCCAAGAAAGUAGAAUUUUCUUUCAUGCGGCACUUGUGAAUACAAUUCCAACACCUGAAUUUUUACUUAAUCAAUGUUUUAUCAAAAUGAGAAAAAGGAGGAAUUAUUUAAAGACAAAAAGAUUGAAAUAAAAUGUAGAUUAUUUAUACAA